AAACGACAUUCACUAACGCCACAAAUUCUAACCCCUCACAGAUUAAAAAUCCCACACUCCUCUUCUCUCUUUCUCUCUCUCUCUCUCUGUGUGUGUGUGUUCCUCUCCCUCUUGCAAUCUUCAUCUCUGAGCAAAUGGGUCCAAUCGUGUUGACCCAGUUGGCCACGGGUCUCAGCGUCUUAGCCGGAGCGGUUUUGGUCAAAUCGGUCAUGGACCGGAACACCAUGGCUGGACCGUUCCCUCGUUGCCCCACGUGUAACGGAACCGGUCGAGUCAAUUGCCUCUGUUCGCGCUGGUCCGACCGUGACAUCGGGUGCCGAACAUGUGCCGGUUCGGGCCGCAUGGGUUGCAGCAGUUGCGGUGGAACAGGAACCGGUAGGCCCCUUCCGGCUAGAAUCACAAUACAGCCGCCGAACCGCCCACCUAGUUAGACCGGUUUGGUUUUUCUCAAAAUUCGUUUACUCCUUUUAUUAGUGUUAGAUUCCAAUUUCCCACCCUCUCUUUACAAGUUAAGAUUUAUUAUUAUUAUUAUUAUUAUUAUUAUAGUAUUUUCUUUUCUUUUUCAUUCCCUUCCGAAAUCAACCUAAUAUGUUAUUGUUAAUGAAAUGUAUAUAGUGCAUGAUGGAGGGUUAUUGUAAUAGUGGGGGAGAUUAUUAGUUUGUAAUGACAACACUGUAAUUAGAUUCUUAUAAAAUUGUAUAAUUUUGCUCCUAUGUGAAAGUAUUGUGUGUAGUGUUGGCUCUC